AUGAGCCGCUUCCUGACCAGCCGCCUGCUGGCGGUCCCUGACCUCGCCCGUCCCCUGACCAAGUCCAUACUCCCUGCGGUGAGCACGCUGCAAUGGGCCCGUCUCUUCUCCCAGUCUCCCGCUGUGCGGAACGAUGAUUCCCAACAGCAGCAGCAGCCGCCAUUCCCUGUCGUUUCCCCGCUCGUGCACACCGGCCCGAGCCAGCAACAAGCCCCGACCUCAACAGCCACGACCGGCGGUAGCAUGAUGAGCAAGUUAGCCAAGGACGUGCUGGGCCGGGCGAUCCGGCCAUCAGCGACAUCGUCGUCAGCGGAGGAGGACCUGAUGCGCGAGGUGUCGGCCGAGGAGAAGGAGGACGACGACAGCGAGGAGCCGUACCACUUCCACAUCUACAGUCACAAGCAUAACACGCACGUGACGCUAACCAAGCCGAACCGCGACGUGAUCAUGACGCUGUCGUGCGGCAACCUGGGCUUCCGCAAGUCGCAGCGUAAGCACUACGACUCGGCAUACCAGCUGGGCGCCUACUUCAUCGACAAGAUGCACCAGCGCGGCUUAGUCAAGAAGAUCAACCGGCUCGAGGUCGUCCUGGCUGGCUUCGGUCAGGGCCGUGAGGCUGUGGUGAAGGUGCUCAUGGGCGCUGAGGGCAAGCACCUACGCCCCAAGAUUGUGCGUGUCUCGGAUGCUACGAAGCUCAAGUUUGGUGGUACCCGCAGCAAGAAGCACAGGAGACUUGGUUGA